AUGCAAUCAUUGCAUUAUAAUAAUGGAUCAAUUAAAUUAACUCGAGAACGAGCAACAAUGGUUUCUCGUUGGGAAUCUCAUGAAGUUGCUAGAUGGAUAGCUGGUUUGGCUGGUAUUCAAUCAGAUAUAAGUGAAAUAUUUCUUAAACAUAAUAUAAAUGGUGCUGCAUUAGAAACUCUUUUACGUGAAGAUCUUAUUCGUAUGGGUAUUACAAAACUUGAUCAACAACUUAUUUUAACACAAUCAAUUGAUCUUCUUCUUACACUUAUCAAUCGUUUAAAUAGUGAAACUCUUGCUUUACUAUUUAUGCGUAUACAUUGUACAGCUACAACAUGUUAUAAUCUAUUAAAACGAUACGAUGAAGCAAUAAAUGAUAAUCGACAUGUUAUGAAUUCACCUGAAUUUUAUACAUCUAUUAGCAAUCUAUCAAAUGCAAUUGUUGAAACUUGUCAUUGGCUUGGAAGAUUACCUUUUAUUGAAAAUGUUGAAUAUAUUGAUUUAAGAAGAAAAAUAAUCAAAGCUCUCGUUCAGAUACGUGUUUUAAUUCGUAAUUUACGUCUUGUGGAUCAAAUUAAUAUGCCAAAAUCAAAAUUGAUUCUCGAAAUAAAUGAAUUACGAACAACUGCUAUCUCAUUAGUUCGUCAGAAUAAAGAUUCAUUAUUUUCAUCAGAUUGUUAUUUAACACGAGUUAAUUUACGACGUCCAAUUAAAGAUGAUGUCAAUAUUGAAUAUACAACAAUGCCUGAUUUUACACAUAUUAUAUCAAGUAUUGAAACAGAAGCUAUAGGUUAUAUGGGAUCUGGUUUUAGUGCAAUUAAUAUUGGAGAUGAAAUUAUUGAAAUUAAUAAUCAAGUUGUGAUCGGUUGGGAUCCAAUACAUUUUACUGAUUUACUUCGUUUAUCGUCCCAUGUAAAUGAAAUAUGUUUAUUAGUGAAAAAAAUGCCUCGACAUAAUGAUGAUGAAAUUUAUACAAAACGUAUAGCUGAUUUAGCACCAAAUCCUCGACGUACACGUGCUCGUGGUGCUUUAGAACGAAUAAAACAAACAGAAGAUAAUCGAACACGAUUAUUGGAACAAGAAGGAGAGAUUGAUGUUGAAAGCGAUGAUGAAACUCUUUAUCAAAGUAAACGUUCUUCACAAAUAAAGCGUGAUCAACAUUCAUCAUUACCUGAUCUGACUGAAUCACUUACAAGUAGUAAUAAGUCAAAUAUUAGUCCAAUAUCUGAUCAUAGUGAACCAUCAUCAUCAGCAUCAUCUAUAUCUACAACUACAAUGUUAUCACCAACAUCUCCUAUUAAAAUGGAUUCAAAACGAAAAAUUAGUGAUCGACCACAAUCAACUGGUGGUACUCCUACAUCACCAAACAUAACACCGAAAAGUCCAAGAAAAAUGGCUUUUGAAUCUUAUUUUUCAACAUUAUUUCGUACACGUCAAGAUGCUAAAUCAGUUAUUCCUGAUUUAAAUGAUCAUACAACUAAAGAUCAUCCACAAUUAGUUACUGUUAAACGUAUUGAUUCGUUAUAUAAACAAAAUUCUUCAAAUAAUUCUACAACAUCACUUCAAGAUGAUCAAAUCAUAGCAUCAUCUCCACCACCAUUACCAACAACAAUUGAUAAAAAUGAUAAUCAAAAUAAUUUACCAACAUCAACGCGUUCAUCUAUUUCAAAUAUUUUUAAAUCACCUGAUCAACGAACUAAACGACAAAAUGUCGAUAAUGGAAAAAAUAUGACAUUUCGAAAUGAACUUAAAAUGGAAAUUGGAUCGAUCUUUGGAAGUCAUACUAGUGGUAUUGUUGCCAAUAAACCACCAUUAAAUCAUAGCGAUAAUCGAAAAAAUUCUGUUACUACUGAACGACGUCGUCCAAAACAUAAACCAUCGUAUAAAAAAAUUUCAUGUAAAGAUUUGGGUAAAGGUGAUUGUGAAGGUUUUCUUUAUCGUUAUUUACCAAAAGGAACAUUAUCACUUGUACAAUGGCGACUUUAUUGGUGUGUUUUAAAAGGUGGUACUUUAUAUGUAUUUAAAUCAAAAGAUGAUAAAAAUCAAGAAGUUGAAAUAAAACUUGAAGGAAAAAAUGUUUCACCAGCACCAGAACGAAGAAAAUAUGGUUUUCGUAUUGCUGAUGAAAGUAGUAAAUAUCGUGAAUAUUUUUAUUGUUCAACACGUGAUGAAAUGGCUAAAUGGAUGAAUAAAAUGGGUUUAGCAGCUAUUAAUUUUAAUAUGGAUGAUUCAAAAAUUGGUGGUUUUCAUAAAGGUUUUGUUGAUUCACGUGAAGGAUCACCAGCAUCAACACCAACUAUUGGUGCAUCAUCAUCAUCAUUAUCAUUAUCAUCAACUAAUAAACAACAAGAAAUUGGUCAUAGAAGUUCAGUUGGUGAUAGUGAAAAUGAUUCAGAUAAAGAAUCAAUUGCAUCAUGGCAUAAAUCGGCAUCACAUCAUAGUAGUGUUUCUGAUACGGAACCAUCGAGAGAUAAACAUGAUAAACGAGCUGAUUUAUCAUCUGUUACUCGUAAUGCACGUUCAUCAUCAUCAACUUCAAUUUUAUCUGAUACACAUAAUAGUUCAAUUGUGUGUCCAUCAAAUCGUUUUGUUGGUCAAAUAAAUACAUCAUCAAGUAAAGGUCAUCAUCGAACAAAUAGUUCACCAAUACAAUAUCCAACAUCAUAUGAAGAUGAUCAAGACAAUGCUUAUGUGAAUGCAGCACCAAGACUUUCGGAUUCAGAUUCAUCAAAUGAACUUCCUUAUCAAAGAAUGUUCACUAAUAAUCGAAUUCUUAAGAAUAAUCAAUCACAAGAUCUACUUCAAUCUUCAACUAAUGAUCAAUCAAAAAUAUUGAAUUCUUCAGGUGGUUUUAAUCCUUCAAUAGCUUCUCAUUUAUCAACAUUUAAUGAAAAAUCUCCAUUCUCAUCACGACAACCUCAGAACAGUAGUAUUUUACUUGCUGGUGAUGAAGUAUUUUCAACACAAAACGUAAAUAGUCCUGAUGUACAAUUAAAUUCAUUAUCAACUACUUCACCAAAACAAUAUUCACCUGCUGUUAUACGUACUGCUCCAUUGUAUAUAUCUGUUUAUACAUCAACUCCACCAAUUCCUCUUGUUAAAGGUAUUGCUGCAUCAUCAGCACCUCCAAUAAAUGAUGAUGAAUUAUUUUUUACUCGUCGUUCACCUUCACCACAAUCACCAUCGGUAUUAAAAAAACCAGAACAAUCAAUUACAACAAAUCUACCAUCAAAUUAUAAUAAAUAUCAUCAUUAUACCUCCACACAAUAA